AUGGAUCCGGUGCGGCGAGCUGAAGUCGAGAAGAGCCUCAAGCGCAAGCUUGACAUGCGCUGUUCGCUCUUCAUCCUCAUCUACAUCAUGAACUACCUGGAUCGCAACAACAUUGGAGCGGCGCGUCUCAAGGGUCUGCAGAAGGAUCUCAACCUCACCGACACCCAGUAUGCGACAUGUCUCAGCAUUCUGUACGUUGGGUACAUUCUCAUGCAGGUCCCGUCCAACAUGUUCAUCAACCGCAUCACCCGUCCGUCCAUCUACAUCGGCUGUGCCAUGACUCUCUGGGGUCUCAUCUCCACUCUGUCUGGCCUUGCCAAUGACUUCAAAGACAUGGUUGUCAUUCGAUUCUUCCUGGGCUUCGUCGAGGCCGCCUUCUUGCCAGGUGCUCUGCUCAUCCUGUCCAAGUGGUAUACGCGCCGUGAACUCACCACCCGAAAUGCCCUCCUCUUCUGUGGUAACCUCAUCUCCAACGCCUUCUCUUCGCUGGUGGCCGCUGGAGUGCUGUCAAACAUGCAGGGCGUCCUGGGCCACGCUGCAUGGAGAUGGCUGUUCUUCAUUGAAGGCGCUGCCACUAUGACCAUCGCAAUCUCGGCAGGUUUCAUCCUGCCUGAUCUGCCUACCAAUGCUCGCGGCUUCACUGAAGAGGAGAGGCAGGUCGCUCAGCUGCGUAUGCUUGAGGAUGUUGGUGAGGCGGAUAUGGAUUCCAAGGAGCAGGGAGUGUUUGACGGUCUCAUCAUGUGCGCCAAGGACAUCAAGGUUUACAUCAUGAUGCUCACCCUGACAGCCUAUGUCGUUGGUCUGUCAUUCAAUGCUUUCUUCCCCUCUCUGACUGGAACCCUUGGCUUUGCCUAUGUUCCCACUCUCCUCAUGAGCUCUCCUCCCUGGGUGUUUGCUUGUCUCGUCUCCCUCGCUGUUUCAUGGAACGCCGAUCGCACACAAGAAAAGUUUUGGCACAUUACCGGCCCAAUCAUCAUGGGAAUCAUUGGCUUCGUCAUCUCCAUGUCCACCCUCAACGUCGCUGCCCGCUACGUCGCCCUGUUCCUGCAAGCUGGUUCAUACGCCGGCUUCAUCGUCUUCUACAGUUGGAUCAGCUCCUCGUUCCCUCGUCCUCCCGCUAAGCGUGCCGUUGCCAUCGCCAUGGUUAACGCCUUCAGUCAGCUCGGUAACGUAGCUGGCUCUUACGUCUGGGCUCUGACCGAGAACGGAUACCGCAAGAGCUACGGCAUCGUUUUGGCCAUGUUCGGCGUCACCAUUGUCGGCAACGUCUUGUUCAAGAUGAUCCUUAAUAACCUGAACAAGAAGCUCGAGGCGGGCGAGAUGGCUUGGGAGGCCAGACCAGAUGUUACUGAGAAGACGGCGCAAGCCGAGCUGGAGGACUUGGACGAGGCCCUAAGGAUGAGAAAGGGAUUCCGAUACCUUGUAUAA